AUGUCUUACAUCCCCAGUGGCUUACCUGGGAGUCCGCUUAGGAAUGGUGCCAUCGAAAACACCUUCACAUGCCUACACAACCUCUACAUCCAGUGCGCCAAGAGCAAGGAGGGCAUCCAACACUUAGAGCUGAACAUUAACUUCAACCAUUGGCAGCGGUCUAUCCACGAACUUUGUGACAAUAUCUUGUUUCUGAAGACCAACGCGAGAUGCGAGGAUCAGGCACAGAAGGAAUACGUGGGUUGUCUUAUGGACGUCAUCACCAACUCCUUCCACGAGACCGAGGCCUUGAAACGCGAGUUGGAGUCAUCCUACCAUCUCUCUAAGUCACAGAGGACCGAGGCUUUACUAGCCUCCCUUUGCUCAGUCACCUUGAAGACAAUCGACUGCGUACGGGGACCCUAUCAAAGGUACUGCCCUGUUAAGAUGAAAAACCUGAUCGUUCGCACAAUCGAGGGUUUCAUGCACCCGAAAUGUGCCAUGCUAAACCAGCCUCAAGUCCCAGACUACGACUCGUCCGAAGAGGUGGUGGUACCGGUCAGCAAAAGCCACGAGAUUCAGGUCGUCCUGGACUCCAAAUCUCAAGAGACCGGAUAUGACGUCAACUCGGGAGACCAGGACCAGCGUCACGGCGUCCCGCUCAUGCAAGAUGAGGUCAUCGAGACUCCGAAAGAGAAGCCCCUCGGUCAGAAAGCGUCAAAACUGACUGACGGGAAAAACGGCGUGCAAGGGAGACAAGCGAGUUGGGUUGGAAGUUGGUUAUUUCCCCUUGUGUUACUCGGCCUGAUUCUGCUGUAGACAAAACCGUAAAAGUAUCUAUAUUUUAAAAUUCAGCUGCUACCAAAUUUAACAUGAUCUAUAUAUGCACUAUAGCUAUUGCUCAAAGAAACUUUUAAACGGAUUCUAAUUAUUUAUAAAUAUCAUUUAAUUAUUCAGUCAAAUAAAAUUUUUUUUCGUAAAUUAAAAAAAAAAGCUAGAUACAUUUUAUAAAGAUUAAAUUAUUAAUAGCCAAUAAUUAAAACUCAAAAUACGAUAACAGUUAAACAAUAAAAAAAAUAAUUAAUUAAACCGACAUUAGAAGGAACAUUUUUAAACCAACUUUAUUAAAAGCUGAUAUGUUUUUGGUUUAUUUAAAUGAAAUGUUAAUUACAGUUUCUUAUUACGUGUGGAGAUUUUAGAUAAUUGGUAAUAUUACGGUAGAGAAAGCAAGCGCGCUGAUCGCUAAUGAGAAAGUAUAAAUUGCUAACUAAUUAUAAUUAAUUAGCAUAGUUGUCUAGCGGAUUGAAUUUAAAUUGAAGAUGACACCAGAAUCAGAUGGCAUUGGAAUGAAAAUGACAUUGGCCUGGAAAUGACAUAAGCAUCGAAAUGACAUUGGCGUGAAAUAACAUAGGCAUGAAAUGACAUUGGCAUGAAAUGACAUUGGCAUGGAAAUGACAUUGGCAUGAAAUGGCAUUGGCUUGAAAUACCAUUGGCAUGGAAAUGACAUAAGAAUGAAAAUGACAUAAGUAAGAACUUGUCAAACGCAUAAAGAUGUCGUCGACGGGAAGAUUUUAUCGGCUUAAAAUGACAUUAAUAUAAAAAUUGACAUCAGCAUGAGAAGGACAUCAUUAGUUAUGUGGUCGGGUUUGUCCCCGUCAAUAGCGUAGCAAGGGGGGUGGUCAGUCCCAUGGCGUCACUCACUAUUGUCGAGAGUACUGUUGACUUAAAGAGCCCAAUCCUUAUUGCUUGCAUGUAUUAGAGUGGUUGAACCUGAAACACGCCAUCGUGAGCCGAACUCUGUAGAUAGCCAGCUGUUCAGCUUAAUCUUAAUUAAUUUUACUCAUCUUGAUCGUUGAGUUAUUAUUGCAGGUAUGUUUAUGCUUACUGUUGUUAUAAAAAAGUUAUCACAAAUCAUGUUUUAUAGGGAAAAUUUAUUUGUAUGUUUGGCCCCCAUCCCCUGUGCCCGAAGUUUGAAAAAAAAAAUGAAAAUAAAGUCAAUAAAUUUAAUUUUAAGAUUUACUUAUCUAUGUGUAUUAUUUCAAGUGUCAUAAAAAUAAAUAAAAAAUUAUAAUCAAAGAGAGACAACGAUUAAAAUAGUAGUGUUAACAUUUUGAACGUAGUUACCUCCCUUAAAAAACGAAGUGUUUAUAAGUUGAAAUUUCCUUCGGUUUGUUAUAUGAAUAUUUAAUCGAUUAGUCUGAUUAUAUAAACAUAUUGUAACGUUUAUUGUGAUAUGUUAAAUUCAGAUUAUUGCUUAAAUUUAUUAUUAUUUAUGUUAAUUUAUACAAAGCAUGCGUUUAAAAGAAUGUUUUAAGCUGAUUAUUGUCAAAUUAUGUGCGGCAGAGAAAAUGUUAAAAAAUUUAGCGAAUGAUUUUAAAUGGAAAAGGGAGAUAAUAACAUCGUGUUCUAAUAUGUGUGAGUUGUGUGUUGAAUGGGAGGUAAUUUAAAUUUAUGUCCAUAUCAUUUCGCCUUUAAUCGCAUGUACACUUUUACUUAGUGUUGUUCUUUAAAUCUUUCUAGCAUUUUUUUCUUUGUAAAUAAACAGUACUUGAC